UGGCCGAUUCAAGCGAUCCUGAUCACGCAGUAUUUGUUGAGCAUUGAAAGAAAUGGGUGCGCUAAGUCGUAACUCGUCGUCGUAACUAAACUAAAUUAAAGCAAACGCAAGCGCUAACGCAAUCGCAAUCGCAACAUCAUCGCCUCCCAAACGUCUCGACGCUCUUUCCCAUUUUCCUUUUCAAUUCACUGUUAAUAAUUGUAAUUUUUUGGGGAAAUCAAUUGGAUUUUAAAAUAACAAAAAAAACUUAACAAAAAUGGAAUCGUGUGUUUUAAUACCAAAAGAGUUCGGACUGGCGAAGACAUUAUUAUCCGCGAAAAACGAGUGUCUCCUAACCGUGUGUGCAACGACCAACAUCAAAAAGGGAUCACUCUUCUAUCCCUUCCAGGGCACUAUUCGUACCGAUAAAAUUGAAAACCUCAAGCAUCCCGGCGAAAAUGAUUUGAGAUACCGUUAUGGGCUCUAUCACGAGGUUUCACAAAACUAUGGAACCCGUGUGCAUCAUUGUAAUUGGAUUCGAUUCCUCAGGACCGCUGGCUCGUUCUCCUCUGAUGUGAAUCUGAUCUGUACGAUGGUCAAGGGUGAUCCAUUGUAUGAAGUUAUCAAACCAAUUAAAAUCUACCAAGAAUUAGUUGCAUAUUAUCUACCCGAACGUCCCGAAGAGAGUAUAUUUAUGAAUCUGCGUUCAACGCUCUACAGACAGGCCAUGGACUCGAUUCUUCAAGAUACUCCAUUGGACUUGUCUUUAACACUGAUGUAUAAAAUACCAAAUUUACCACUUUCUCCGCCUUCAAGUGAGGAUGAGCAAAAGUCCAUGUUGAGUGAUUCUUCUGGUUCUUUAUGUUCACUUAAUGAAAGCACAAACGAUAAUUCGACGACUUCAUCAACAUCGUUAGAUGAAUUGAAGAAGACCAUAUACGAAGAUGUUGAAGUUAUCGCCCAUAAAACAAACAUUACCCAUAAAAACUAUCAAUAUUCGCCGACAAAAAAGCGCAUCGGACGAAGUGAAAGAUCGUUGCUACCCUGUGAAGUUUGCCGCAAAGCCUUCGAUAGGCCAAGUCUUCUUAAGAGGCACAUGAGAACACAUACGGGUGAAAAGCCACAUAUUUGUUUGGUUUGUGGCAAGGGAUUCAGUACUUCCAGUUCUUUAAAUACUCAUAGGCGAAUUCAUUCGGGGGAAAAGCCGCACGAGUGCCAAGUGUGUGGAAAACGGUUUACAGCUAGCAGUAAUCUUUAUUAUCAUAGAAUGACUCACAUUAAGGAAAAACCCCACAAAUGCAAUUUAUGCGCAAAAUCCUUCCCUACUCCUGGAGAUUUGAAAUCCCAUAAGUACGUUCAUAGUGGCUCAUGGCCCUUCAAGUGUUCCAUUUGCUUCCGCGGGUUUUCAAAGCAAACAAAUUUAAAGAAUCAUUUGUUUCUGCAUAGCGGAGAUAAACCACACGGCUGCGAAUUGUGUAAAAAGAGAUUUGCAUUGGCCUGCAAUUUGAGGGCGCAUAUGAAGACACACGAUGGUACUUCCCAAGAUGAAUGUAUUCGAUGUGGAAAGGCGUUUGUUGCCACAGGCAGCGAAUCGCAGCAGAGGAAAAGGUGUAGCAAAUGCUUGGAUCUGAGUGAAUCUACAGAUGAUGGAGAGAAAUCUGGUUUUCAAUCAGAUCAAAGUAUUUCGACUGAAGAAGAAGAGGAAUACGAGUCUUCAAAUGGUGCAACAGAAUUUAGUGACAAAUAAAUAAAUGAACAAUUAUGUUAUGUGUGUGAAUGAAUGUAUGUGUACUUAAGAUUACGAGGCCAUUCUUUAAGGAUCACUUUAUAGAGGGAGCGACGCUAAGGAUGAAGACAACAAUGACUGAUGCUAAUAUAAUAAAUUAUUCCCAAUUAGUAUCAGUAGUUUUAGAAUAUGACCAAAAAUUUUAAAUUUUUAUAUCAAUCUAUCGAUUUGUGUGAUUUUAAAUAACAAACAACGCUUACAAACACAAUAAAUCAACACGGAUUUAAUUUAUUAACAUUACAAAACUCCACAACAAUUAUAUUUAUACGAAUGUAAUUUUAUCUGAGAGCAGAUGA